CCCUGCCUGGGAACUCUGGAGAUUAGCGGGCUGGGGUUGCGAGGGAACCCCGAAUCCCGAGGAGGUUGCUCUGGUUCUCGCUGGAGAGGGCCGGAGAAGUUUCGGGGGCGGCGGGUCCACGGCGACCUCUGGUGGUAACCGGGGCCUAGUGGAGCCCGGCCACCACGCGACCCGAGUGCCGGAGCUUCAAGUUGCCGGGUGGAGCUCCACACCAAGGUGAUUUGAAUUUUCGGUCCCUUGUGGUCCUGAUGAACAGUUUUGCUUUUCUUGAGCGCACGACACUGGAACUUCAAGAAUUAGAGGUUUAUGCAGUUUGAGACCUGUCAGCUCAGUGCAGCGUUCAAAUCAAUAAGAGACAGGCUUAUUGUUCUACUCAGAGAUUAAAAUGGCUUCCAGAGGAAAGACAGAGACAAGCAAAUUAAAGCAGAAUUUAGAAGAACAGUUGGACAGACUGAUGCAGCAGUUACAAGAUCUGGAGGAGUGCAGAGAGGAACUUGAUACAGAUGAAUAUGAAGAAACCAAAAAGGAAACUCUGGAGCAACUAAGUGAAUUUAAUGAUUCACUGAAGAAAAUUAUGUCUGGAGAUAUGACUUUGGUAGAUGAACUAAGUGGAAUGCAACUGGCUAUCCAGGCAGCCAUCGGCCAGGCCUUCAGAACUCCCGAGGUCAUCAGACUGUUUGCGAAAAAACAACCAGGUCAGCUUCGGACGAGGUUGGCAGAGAUGGAUAGAGAUCUCAUGGUAGGAAAGCUGGAAAGAGACCUGUACACUCAACAGAAAGUGGAGAUACUAACAGCUCUCAGGAAACUUGGAGAGAAGCUGACUGCAGAUGAUGAGGCCUUCUUGUCAGCAAAUGCUGGUGCCAUACUCAGCCAGUUUGAGAGAGUCUCUACAGACCUCGGCUCUGGAGACAAAGUUCUUGCUUUGGCAAGUUUUGAGGUUGAAAAAACAAAAAAAUGACGUGGUGUGGAAGCUUGGGACAGUGAUCACAUUCUUGUUGUGAAUGGCAUUUUUCUUCGGGGGAUUUUGAGUCAUUGCAAAGAAAUCAAGAGAUUCUUGAAGUUCAUUAGUAACCUAAGAAAAGGGGACAGGGAAGCAUACUUGUGGCUUCUAUUUAUGCCCUUUGCCAUUGUGCUUUGUGAAGGGCUAUCUCCUUGGUGAUCCUGGACUUGGUGGGGUGGCGGGAUCACUAGACCUUACUCAGCAUGAUCUGUCUGUUUAAGAGAGAGGAUAGGAAAUAGUUUCUUGGACUGUUUUUAUUAAGGCUCCUUGGUUUUAGGUGCUGAUAGCAAAUUGAAAGAUGCAAACCAGUGAUUCUUUUCUGCUCAUAAAUAUUUAUCCCCUUUGGUUGGAGUGAAGAGUAUAGCAACAUUAACAGAUCUCGUGUGUGUUCAUGGAAUUUUAGAAUCCUAAGUGAUCUUAGAAAUUAUCGUCACUUUACAAACCAGGAAACUGAGGCUCAGAAAGAGCAAGUGACUUGCUUAAAAUCACAUCGGAGUUGGGGAUAGGAUGUGGGUGUUCAAAUUCUCAGUUUAGUGUCCAUUGAAUUUUAUUUUUUUAUUCUGUGCUGUUCUUUAACAACAAUUAACACGUAUUUGUGCAAGUCUAUGUUUAUAAAAACUUCAGCGUCCUGACAGAGUUGCCACGAAGGGACCAUUCCCCAGCCUGUGAGCUCUCCUGAUGAAUGGGGCCCAUUGUGUCUCUGGGUUUGGGCUCGGAACAAUGGGAGCCCUGUUGAGAGUCUCCUGAAGUAACUUAACCUCCUGUGUCGUUUCACCGGGGAAGCAAUUGGAAGUGGCAGCUAGAGGCCCUCCCUGUGUGUGACCUCUUUGCUGAAACCCGUCGGGCGGUGAAUUACUGUUACUAGUCAGUUCUGUGGAGGAACACAAAGUAAGGUCUGAGGAAGAGCACGUUUCUCUCCUGAGUGUUUACAUCUCUCUGUAAGCUCAAAUGUAUAGAUUUCCCCAUAUGCAUAUAUGUUAGCUUCUUUCCUAGGUGCUGGCUACUUUAUACUCUUUCAUGUGUUUUUCAAUAUUCUUUUUUUCUCACUUUGUACAAAUUAAAGACAUUUUUAAACUUUCAUGUAUACUGUAAACACAACUAGGUGCUCUCUCAACUGUACAAAUUGGGGAACUCAGCUACAUUAAUGCCUUAUUUGGAAAUUCUGAUGGGCAGUUUUUUAAUAUAUUGGUUUAUGAUGGUCAAAAACUCACUGAAAUCGUGACAAACCAAGAGAGAGCAAAUUACCUGCUCUUCAUCUAGGGCUUUAUGGCCAAUCAUCAGGCUGCAUUUUUGCUGUAACUGAGGUGAAAUCCACAUAAUGUACAAUGAGCCACUUUACGGUGUGCCAUUCAGUGGCAUGCAGUGACCCUCAGUGUUGUGGGGGCAUCGCCACCGCCUGGCACCACCCCCCCACCACCAGCCCCGCUGGCAAGGUCGCCUCCCUCGAAGCAGUCGCCCUGCUCCCUCCCAGCCCCGCAGCCCCCGCGGGUGCACCUUCUCUGUGGACCUGCCCAGGCCGGACAUUUCAUGUGCAUAGAACUGCGGUGUGUGGCUUUCUGCCUGCCUUCCAAUUAGUGUAGUAUAUCCCGAGCUAGUCCAUAUCACAGCAUGUGUCAGUACUUCAUUCCUUUUAAUGGGUGAAAAUACUCCCUUGCAUGGAUACUGUAUUGUGUUUUUCCAUUUAUCCCUUGAUGGACAUUUGGGUUUUUUCCACUUUUUGGUUAUUGUUUAUAAUGUUGCCAUAAACAUUUGUGUGUAAGUAUUUGGUUACAUACCUGUUUUCAGUUCUUUAGGAUGUGUACCUAGGGAGGGAUUUGCUGUGUCGUUACUGUUUUAAACCACAGCGAGCUUCCCUGUUUCCCUCCAGGAGUAGGAUGAGGAAGAUUAGGAAUAUUUUGUUUUCGAAAGGGGCCUAGAUGAAUCCGGAGUCCUUAAUUUUGGUUUCCCUCAAACUUUCUAUAAGACCAACAUCAAUGAAAUACAUUGUCAUUAACGUAUUCAUUUAGUAAGUAAUGACUAGUACUCAAUUUAAAUUAAUCUUCCUUUAAAAGAGGUCAAGAUUGCAGUGUCUAGCGAGAUGCUGCCAGUCGUGGCAAGGGGACCUUUGGCAGGUCACUUCAUCUUUUGGAGCCUCACUUUUCUGUUCAGUGGGGACAACAGGACCCCACGUAGGAUGCCCUGCAUCCCCCUGUCUUCCUUAGAGCAGAAGGAAGUUUUGCAGUGGUUACUCCACCAUUUAAAAGUUCUUUCAAGGGCCAUAUGAUAUAUGUUGUUUCAUAAGUUUGGUAUUUAAUUCAGAAAAAUAAUUUGAAAAUUCUAUACAGCUGUAGCUAUUAAAUGACCUGCAAACUCUGUUUCCUGUUCAUAUUUUGCUGUGUUUAAUCUUCUAGUCUGUAGACCUCUUGGGAGGUCCCAGGCUGCAGUAACUAAUGCUAAGGCAGCUGACGUUUUACAUCCUUGGGUCAAGCUAAUAUUUUAAUGAAAAGAAUUCUUGCAUUUUUUCCCCAAGACUUGGAGUUGAAGCAAAAGUAAAUUCCAAUGAGCAAGUGUCCAACUGAGCUGUUUAAUGAAAUCUAAUAAUUUAAAACAA